AUGAUUGCCAGAACCGCUGCCAGAGCCCUCAGAGCCAGAUCAGCUCCCUGUGCCAUCCGUGGCCUCCAGUCGUCCUCCGUGAUGAGACUCGCCAACCAAGACCACCCAGAAGAAUUGGUCAACUUGAACGAAUUGCCCAGAAGACAGCCUACUGACAUCCACGUCCCAUUGGUUAACCCAGCAGAAAAGUACAAGGUGCAGAUCGAAGAGUUGCAUAAGUUCGGCAAGUACGUGAUGGCAUGCAUGCCCAAAUAUAUCCAGCAGUUCUCUGUCUGGAAGGACGAGUUGACCAUAUACGUGGCACCCUCUGCAGUCAGACCAGUGUUGUCUUUCUUGAAGAACCACACCUCAGCCCAGUUCAAGUCUGCAGUCGACGUCACUGCUGCCGACUACCCCUCCAGAACCAACAGAUUCGACGUGGUCUACAACUUGUUGUCUGUUCGUCACAACUCCAGAAUCAGAGUCAAGACCUACGCCAGCGAGACCAGCUCUGUUCCCUCCAUUGUUCCGCUCUUCCAGGGUGCCAACUGGUUCGAGAGAGAGACCUACGACUUGUUCGGAAUCUUCUUCGAGGGCCACCCCGAUUUGAGAAGAAUCAUGACUGAUUACGGUUUCGAGGGCCAUCCUUUGAGAAAGGACUUCCCUACCACCGGUUACACCGAAGUCAGAUACGAUGAGGAGAAGAAGAGAGUUGUUUACGAGCCAUUGGAGUUGACCCAGGCCUGGAGAAACUUCACUGUUGGUUCCUCUGUUUGGGAACAGGUUGGUGAAGGUAAGGACUUCACUCCUGAAUCAUUCAAGUUGCCAACUCCUGAGCCAGAACCACAAGAGCCAGAAAAGAAGUAA